GGUUGAUCCGUUCUAAAUCCAUCUACCCCAUUUAUAGCUUUGAAUAUGUACCUAAUCUUUGAAUUUGUAGCUUUGAGGAGCCGUUAUCAACGUCGAUAGAAGAAGAAAACAACAAUCCGGGGUAGCAUGAGAAGGGUAGUUACGGUUUAAAUUAUCGAUAUGAAUAAAAGAUGGCGUUACUACGCCCAAUGAUCCAGUUAGCUCGCUGGCGGGUACCAGCCUAUGCGCCAUCAACUCUACGACGGCGCCUUGCGACAGCUUCCGACGUAAGAGAUCCAGCCUCGGCAGCCCAACAACAGCUGCAUUCCGACAACCGAGUUAAGAUAGUCGAAGUAGGCCCAAGGGAUGGCCUACAAAAUGAAAAGAAAUCAAUUCCUCUAGCUACUAAGAUCGAAUUAAUCGAGAAGCUGGCUAAAACUGGAGUGUCUGUCAUAGAAGCCGGGUCUUUCGUCUCCCCGAAAUGGGUACCGCAAAUGGAUAAUUCUAGCGAAAUCCUCGAGCAUAUCCUGACGAACAAGAUCCCCUCACCAGUCCCAAUUACAUAUUCUUUCCUCGCCCCCAACGCAAAGGGUGUUGAAAAUGCAACAGCCCUACUCCAAAAGCACCCGGGUGCCUAUCUGACGGAAGCCGAAUCGUUCUCAGGCGUAGGUGGUAAGCCAGCAGUAGAACUUGCGGUUUUUGCUGCUGCAACUGAGAGUUUCUCAAAGAAGAAUCUUAAUUGCGACGUCGCGACCUCCCUCGAAAAGUUCAGAGAUGUCAUACAAGGGGCGAAACAGCUUGGUAUUCGAGCACGGGCUUAUAUAUCGGUUGUCUUAGGUUGCCCUUUCGAAGGAUACGAUGUCAACCCACACAAGGUGGCUGAAAUUGCUACUUCGUUGUUGGAGAUGGGAGCUGAUGAGAUCUCCCUUGGGGACACGACAGGGAUGGGCACUGCCCCUCGCACACAAGAGCUCUUGAAGUGCAUGGCAGCUGCAGGAAUACGGAACGAGGACAUCGCCAUGCAUUUCCACGACACGUACGGCCAGGCUCUUGUGAACACGGCUAUUUCUCUGGAACGUGGCAUCAGGACGUUUGACAGCUCUGUUGGUGGUCUCGGCGGUUGUCCGUACAGCCCUGGAGCUACUGGAAACGUGGCCACCGAAAACAUGGUGUACUUUCUCGAGAGCUUGGGCAUGGAGACGGGUAUUGACCUUGACGCUAUGACAGACGUUGGACAGUGGAUCUCAGAAGAGUUGGGUAGGCCAAAUGACUCGGCUGUUGGCAAGGCCGUGCUUGGGGCUCGUAAGGAUGGGUAGUAUUUCUACAUGUCUACACGAUGAUGAUAUGUUUUAGUACAAACAACAAAUGUAUAUAUUUGAUUGUACCUGUUGAAACGCAUACCGCAAGGACUGUUGUCGGGGUUUCAUUCACACUUACUAUGCAAGACUCAUGAACUUGAGCCCGGUAUGCGUAUGGCAAGCUGCGUAAAAGACUUAACUAUUGUACAGGCAAAGCAACGCAAUCACUCAUUCCGAUUUGUUAUAGUCAGUAAAAACUGCUAUGUCCCAUCCUUCGCUAUCCACUCAUCAAUUCUUGCCUCCUCAGCCUGGAUAUCCUGAUUUCCAGGUAAAUAGAGCCCUGCAAUCUUGAUGCAGUCGUGAGCAACUCCCGAGUUGCUUUCUAAGAUA